AUGGUUUACGUCGGCAUUCCCCAGAAUUACACUCAGUCUCCGUCCUCGUUUGCUGGGACGCCUGCUCUGACUAUCAACCACGAGGCCACUCAGGAUCUCGAUUCUUCCAAUGCCUUUGAAGGCCCUGAGAAGCUCCUCGAGGUGUGGUUCGCUCCAUCUGCCAAUGAGCUCGGUACUGCAGGCCCAGAGGGCCUGAAGAAAGUCCCUGGUGAAAUCUGGAAGGAUAUGCUGGACCUCGUCAAUUGCCAGGUUCUUUCUGUAGUAUCGUCCGACGAUGUGGACGCCUACCUGCUCUCCGAAUCCAGCAUGUUUGUCUGGCCUCACAAGUUGAUUCUCAAGACUUGUGGAACUACCACACUGCUUUCUGGCCUCCCUCGCAUCCUUGAGAUUGCCACCCUAUUUGCGGGAUUCCCACGUGCCACCGCACCACCUGGUCGUGGCAUCACGGUCGCUGCGACUCCGUACCGCGUCUUCUACAGCCGUAAGAACUACCUAUUCCCUGAUCGUCAGCGUGGCCCUCACCGCAGCUGGCGUGAUGAGGUUCGUAACAUGGACAAAUUGUUCCUCAACGGAAGUGCGUACAUGAUUGGCAAGAUGAACGGCGAGCACUGGUACCUGUAUCUGACUGAGCCUCACACCAUGCUCACUCCUCCGGCCAGUCCUACAGAGGAAGUGCACUUUAGCGAGACCGAGACCAAGAUCCUCAAGUUCCCGCAGGAGGCUCGGAUUGCCAGCCACGAGGAGAAUGAUGAGACUCUCGAGAUCUUGAUGACUGAUCUGCAAGAGGAUAAUGCGAAGCAAUUCUAUUUGGAUAACGCUGCUGCCGUGGCUGAGAAGAACUACCGCAACUAUGACAAGGAUGAAGGCCUUGAGCACGUUGAUGUCUUCAGCAAUGGCUCCGAUCUCGAUGAUCCGGAUGUACAAGGUGGCCGAGUGAUCCCACCCGAGCUGACCACCGAGGGCCACGCUCUUGGUGCGGUCGUCUCAGACGCAUGUGGUCUCUCGGAUAUUUACCCCAAGAGCAAGUUCCCAGAUGCUCGCAUCGAUGCGUACCUCUUCACACCCUGUGGCUUCUCAGCCAAUGGUGUUGUUCCUGCACCAGACAGCAAGGCCCCGACUCAUUACUUCACUGUGCAUGUGACUCCCGAGCCUCACUGCUCGUACGCAUCCUUCGAGGCCAACGUCCCGCACGGGCAGAAUGGCAAGACCACCAGCGAUAUCAUCCAGCAGGUUGUAAACAUCUUCAAGCCCGGUCGCUUCAGCAUCACCUUGUUCGAGACCAAGCCUUGUAUCGAAGAGAUCGACGCCACCAACGGCUUCCAUGAAGUGCACUCGCAGAAACAGGCUUUGCGCCACAACCCCAAGGAUGAGCACAUUGAGGGUUACCGUCGUGUAGACCGCAUUGUCCACGACCUGAACGGAUACGACCUUGUGUUCCGCUACUACGAAAGCAACGGCUGGAAAGGGGGGCACCCCGGAUUGGUGAGAAGAUCUAAGGUUCGCCUUAUCAUCUACCGUCCGUUACUUCCCGUCGAUCUGCUCUCGUAG